CUUCCGUGAGACAACCGUGAGAGUUAAUUCCUUGAGCUGAAGCGCAUCAACGCAGAAUCAGAAAGAAUUUAUUUCAUACCUUUCACCUUCUAUUAGAUAUUUUCCAACGUAACUGAAAUAUGACAGAGGGUGUAGUAUCGAACUUGCGAUAUAGUGGAAAAGUGGCCAUCGUUACUGGAGGCUCUAAGGGAAUCGGUGAAGGAAUUGUGAGAGAAUUUGUGAAGGCUGGUGCCAAAGUAGUUUUUUGUGCAAGAGGUGUUGAGGAUGGAAAAAAACUGGAAAAAGAAGUCAAUGAAAAGGGUCCUGGAGAAGGAUACUUCAUAAAAUGCGAUGUUAGUAAAGAAGAAGAUAUUAAGAAUUUGGUAGAUAAGACUGUGGAAAAGUAUGGCUGUAUUGAUUGCCUGAUCAACAAUGCUGGAUGGCAUCCACCUGAAGGAAAAACAGUGGACAACACAACAAUUGAUGAGUUUAGAAAUCUACUGAAUCUUAACCUUGUGAAUUAUUUUAUAUUUUGCAAGUUUGCUUUGCCUCAUCUGCGGAAAACAAAAGGGAACAUCAUUAACGUCUCCAGUCUAGUUGCACAGAUUGGUCAGCCUGGAGCUGUGGCAUAUGUGGCAAGCAAGGGUGCCAUUACGUCAAUGACCAGAGCUCUAGCAGUUGAUGAGGCAAAACAUGGAGUGCGAGUCAACAGUCUCUCACCAGGAAAUGUAUGGACGCCAUUGUGGGACCAGUUAGCUAGGAGUUCUGGAAACUUCGAAAAAAGUAAAAAAGAUGGCGAUGAAGCACAGUUGAUGGGUCGUAUGGGAACUCUUGAGGAAUCUGGUCAAGCCUGUUUAUACCUGGCUGCUGAGGCAACGUUCUCAACGGGUAUUGACCUGUUAUUGAGUGGUGGUGCAGAGCUGACUUAUGGAAAGAAAACUCAAGUGGAGAGUACUUAGAAGAAAAAAUAUUUUUAAUCAUCAUCAAAUUUCAUAACAAGCAAUUUUCAAUUUUAAAACAAUCUUGAAUCAUUUUGAAAGCAAAUCGAGGAGCAAACACCUUUCCUGUCAAAGUUAGUCCGUCUGCUGGAUGGUGGUAAAAUCGUUUUUCUAUUGAUGGCCUCGUACUUAACCUUGUUUUGUGGCAAAGACUUCAUCUUUUUGCAAAUGGCUUAUUGAAGUUUAGGAAGGUUUUGUCAUGUUAGAGACCAGUCAUUAUCAAUCGCUUGGGGGAAUUAGGAUUUUGGGGGGAAGGGAGGGUGGAUCAGUCAUCGCCAACAGAGUAUCAAGGGGAGAUAUAGAAAAUUUACUGCCAGUAAGGAGGGGGGGGGG